UUGAUUUCUCCACAUUGUUAUUUUGUGCAGGCUCGCCUUUCCUGCGUGUGCGUGCGUGCGUGCAUGUGUGUGUGCGUGUGUGCGCGCGUGCUUUGUGUUGUUGUUGUUGUUGUCGCUGCGUGGGUUUUUGCAUGUGAACGUGUAGCACUUGGCGGCCAUGUCGACAUCCGGAGCGCUGACUAGUUACUACGUGGAUUCCCUCAUUCUCCCCGAGAGCGAGGAGCUCUCCAUGUCGCGGUACCCGGCGGGGUCCGGGUACCACCACCAGCACGCCCGGCAGCACCCGGACCACGCGGAGCUCGGGACGUGCACGUUCGCGUCCAAGCCGCCGGUGUUCGGCGCGUCGUGGAGCCACCACGUCCCCGCGCAGUUCCCGGGCUCCUCGGUAUACCACCACCCGUACGGCCCCCCGCCGGGGCCGGUCGGCGCCGAGUCGGACGCGCGCUACCAGCCGUGGCUCCUGGAGCCCAUGACGGGAUUACAGGCGGCGCAGCAUUACGGCAUCAAAGCGGAGGCACCGGGCGCGCACAGCACGCUGCUGCUCUCCGACUACACCAGCCCGGUGCCACCAUCCGCCGCGGAAAAGGACGCGCUCUCGGCGCGGGGAGUCGACGUGGCCGGGGACGGCGACGAGAAGCCGGGCCUUGAUCCAAAUAACCCGGUCUCCAACUGGCUCCACGCCAGCGCCACCAGGAAGAAGCGCUGCCCGUACACCAAGCACCAGAUCCUGGAGCUGGAGAAGGAGUUCCUCUUCAACACCUACCUGACCCGGGACCGCAGGUACGAGGUGGCGCGGCUCUUGCACCUCACCGAGAGACAGGUUAAGAUCUGGUUCCAGAACCGCAGGAUGAAGAUGAAGAAGUUUAACAAAGAUGGCGCGCCUAAAGAUGAGUGACUCCACAAUUGCAUGUUUAGGCGACUACCUUUUUUAUUUUUUAUUUUUUUUAUUUUUAUUGUUUUAUAUUGCACAAUUUUACCAGUGCCCUGUUGUUUUAUUUGUACUUUGAUUUCAUUAGUACCUCCUAGUUGUGCUCGUCUGUGCGUCAACGUUUCCAGUUUAUCAGCCAGUUUGUCUAAAAAAAAAAAAAAAAAAGAAGGUAUUUUCUUCUCUCUUCUUGCUAGAAAGUAUGCGUUCAUAGUCGGAUUUAGGUGCUAUACAUCUCCUGGAAUAUUACAUGACUGACUACCUAUAUGUGUUCAUCGACUACCUACAAUUUGUUUCCUCCCCGUGCAGGCAACAUUUCAGUGUUUUGUUUCUGAAGAAGGAAUUCAUGCCUAUAUAGCGGGGGAGAUAACGCAACAAAAAAAGCAACAAAAAAAAAGCACUGUAGGUUACGUCAUCGAUUACCUCUACAUUACGUCUGUUUGGUCCUCAAAUGUAAUUUGU